AUAGGUGAUCAGAGAAUAUCAAAAUGUCUACAGAACCUGGUAGUUUCACCUCCAACGGGAGCAUGAUCGUCGUGAGCAACAGGUUGCCGUUCGUACUGAAGAGGAAUGAAAUAACCGGUCAACUGGAACGCAAGGCCAGUGCUGGAGGACUUGUGACAGCAGUAGCACCGGUUGUCAUAAGCGGAAAUGGAGUCUGGGUCGGAUGGCCGGGUAUGCACAUGGAAAACCGGGAUGAACCAAUUCCUGAAUCUGAUCCUAACGAUCGUACGCCAACAGCUGGUCUUUUGUCUCGAAAGGUUGUGGCAGUACAUGUUGAACCAAACAUUUUCGAUUCGUACUACAAUGGAUGUUGCAACGGAACUUUUUGGCCAUUGUUCCACUCUAUGCCUGAUCGAGCAACCUUCAUUGCGGAACAUUGGCGAGCGUAUUCCGCGGUAAAUGAGGAAUUUGCAGCAAAAACGGUCCGUGCAUUAGAAGAAAUCCAUAAAGAGCAAAAGAAUCAACCAAAUGGUACACCACUAGUGUGGGUGCAUGAUUAUCAUUUAAUGUUGGCUGCGAAUUGGAUUAGACAAGCAGCUGAUGAGAAGCAACUUAAGUGUAAAUUAGGUUUCUUCCUUCACAUCCCUUUUCCACCAUGGGAUAUAUUCAGAUUAUUCCCAUGGGCUGAUGAAAUCCUUCAGGGAAUGCUUGGUUGCGACAUGGUCGGUUUUCAUAUUCAGGAUUAUUGUUUGAAUUUCGUCGACUGCUGCCAGAGAAGUCUCGGUUGCAGAGUCGAUCGUAAGAACUUGUUGGUGGAGCAUGGUGGAAGAACUGUACGAGUGAGACCACUUCCAAUUGGUAUUCCAUUCGAUAGAUUUGUCUCGCUGGCCGAGACUGCCAACAAAGUUAUAUCAACUAAUCAGAAAAUUGUAUUGGGCGUUGAUCGUCUCGAUUAUACUAAAGGUCUGGUUAAUAGACUGAAAGCUUUUGAGAUGCUGCUGGAAAAGCAUCCGGAACAUCGUGAACAGGUUACUAUGCUUCAAAUUGCUGUACCAUCGCGAACAGAUGUGCGUGAAUAUCAAGAUUUAAAGCUUGAAAUGGAUCAGUUGAUCGGUCGCAUAAACGGUCGAUUUACAACACCCAAUUGGUCUCCUAUUCGUUAUAUUUACGGUUGUGUGAGUCAGGAUGAGUUGGCGGCAUUCUAUAGGGAUGCUGCUGUUGCUCUCGUUACUCCACUUAGAGAUGGAAUGAAUUUGGUUGCCAAAGAAUUUGUUGCUUGUCAAAUCAAUACACCACCGGGUGUGCUGAUUGUUUCUCCAUUUGCUGGAGCUGGAGAGAUGAUGCAUGAAGCUUUGAUUUGUAAUCCAUAUGAAAUAGAUGAAGCUGCAGAAGUUAUUCAUAGAGCUCUUACUAUGCCAGAAGAUGAACGCACAUUAAGGAUGAAUCACUUAAGACGUCGCGAAAGGAUCUACGAUGUUAAUUAUUGGAUGAAAUCUUUCCUGCAAGUAAUGGGAUCGCUCGAAGAGCACGAUUCUGUAGGUGCUACGACAAUGCAACCGGUGACUAUGGAUGAUUUCGAUGAUUAUUUGAGCAAUGACAUCCACAUGUCCCCUAGGUAUAUCGGCGAUAAUCAUAAGUUGGCUCUCUUAUUGGAUUAUGAUGGUACAUUGGCUCCUAUUGCAACGCAUCCGGAUCUUGCAAUCUUACCACUUGAAACAAAGAAUGUUUUACAAAGGUUGUCCAAUAUGUCUGAUGUGUAUAUAGCAAUUAUAUCGGGUAGAAAUGUGAACAACGUAAAAUCAAUGGUUGGCAUAGACGGUAUCACAUAUGCUGGAAAUCAUGGAUUGGAAAUUUUACAUCCAGAUGGCAGUAAGUUUGUUCAUCCGAUGCCUGCUGAAUUGGAAGGCAAAGUGGCAAAUUUGAUGCAAGCAUUGCAAGAUCAACUCUGCAGAGACGGUGCUUGGGUAGAAAAUAAAGGAGCAUUAUUAACGUUUCACUAUCGUGAAACGCCUAUGGAGGGACGUUCUGUGAUGGUUGAACAAGCAAAGAAAAUUAUUGAACAAGCGGGUUUCAAAGCCUGUUCAGCACAUUGUGCUAUCGAGGCGAAACCACCUGUCGAAUGGAAUAAGGGCCAUGCUUCCAUUUAUAUUCUACGUACUGCAUUUGGCUUAGAUUGGAGCGAACGUAUUAGGAUUAUUUACGCUGGUGAUGAUGUGACAGAUGAAGAUGCAAUGAAGGCGUUGAAAGGUAUGGCAGCAACUUUCCGUGUAGCGUCAUCACAUAUAAUUCGUACAUCAGCUGAAAGGCGUUUGCCGAGCACGGAUUCCGUAUUGACCAUGUUGAAAUGGGUUGAAAGGCACUUGAGCAGACGUAAACCACGCAACAGUACUGAAAUUCCUUCUAGAUUCCGUCGUAGCAGCGCUGGCAUUACUAUGGAAAUGUCUUAUACGACAUUAGAAUCCUAGAUGAUACUGUAACAUUUUACAUUAUCAUAUCGACUGUGUCCUCGACAAGAAUUUUGUAUAUCAUAAAUUUAUAAAGAUAUACUUAUAAAGUAAGGACAACUAAACAGAGAGAGAAGAAUAAAAAUAAAAGGACAAAAAGGAAUGUCUAAGUAGUUAAAAUCAAACAAAAAAGCAAAAAAAAAAAAAAAAAAAUGUAAAUUGUUUAGCAUAAUCGUGAUGGUAAAACACCAUCAGCUAAUGAACAAAUCAAGUAUCAUGUGAAUACUUUUUCUUUCCGACGAACUGUAUUCGAGAGCUAUAAUUACAUUCAAAUAUAUAAGAAUUAAUUUAAUAGAACAACCGUACAAACAUAUAGAUAUCAGCCAAAAUAAAAGAAAUCUUUUUUGAUGUGAAGCAAAUAAAUCUUUGUAAACUAUUUUUAAUUGAUGUAUCUCUCCGGUAACCAUUUAAAUGGCUUUACCCCAUAAAAUAAAUUAUGAGAAAAAAAUUACAGAAAAAAAAAAACAAAAAAAAAAAUGAAUGUUAUGUGUGCAGUCGUCAAAAUCGUCAAAUCUCUAUUUCAAUCGUGAUGUGUGAAUAUAUACAUGUCCUCCUUUUUUUUUUUUGUAAUUUCAUCGUUUAUCGUAUAAUUACAAAAAAAUACAUUGUACGGUAAUAAUUAGGCUGAAUGUAGUUUUCGGCGAAGAGUGUUUCAUCGAAAACCAUAAUAGGUACUUAGUUAUGUAUAGUUUUUAAGUUCGCGUCGCUCAAAAAAGUAACAGAAAAUAUUCGAUGUAUUGUAAUAUUAUUGAAAUAACUUAACUAAAAGUGAUUUUAUUAACCAAA